AUGUCGGCUUCAAUACUAGACGAUCUAGUGCUUAUGUUCACCGUCACCUCAGUUGACCAGAUAAAAACUGCCCCCUCACGCGCAGAACCGAGACUUUCCAGGGAAGAUGCACACGUCAUAGACGCUGGCGCAUCCCACGCCUUUUCGGGCGCACUGGAAGGACGUGCUUCCGGCUCGAACCCACACGGAAGCGGAGCUCAUUUGGACAAUGCCAAUUAUGAAGAGCGGAACACGGAUGUAAAAGUACCAAGCCCAGCCAUAUCUGGGCUGGAUCCCAUCAGCAAGCUCGCGUUUGCAUCUAACCGCGCUUUCUUUCAGCGCGACCUCGACGCCAUCAUAUAUGCCGACCUUUAUUCUCCUCUGGAAUCAAAUCUCCACGAUGGCCCAUACGUGCCGCACGGCUACUUAGACUCCCCCAGCACCUCUGCACACGCGCACUUGUCACCUUCAACGUAUCAAACCCGGUCUCGCCAAGGGCCUCUUCAAAGCGCACAGAGAGAAAAACAGCAGACGGGCGAGGCGGCUUACCGACUCGCAGAGGCUGAACGUCGGAACAGACUGAGAGAAGAGGAGAAAACACGGCGGACACUGCGGAUUCAAAAGCAGGUCGAUGAAGGUAUGAUCGCGUUUCAGCUCGAAAAAGAACAAGCCGCGCACCACACUGCCGAAGUAGAUCGUCGCAACAAGCAGCGCGAACAAGACAAAAUGCAGCGAAGGUCGGACGUUCAGAAGCAGGUUAAUGAUGGCGUCCGAGCCACUCAGCUCGAAAAGGAAUGCGAGCGUGUACGUGUCGAGGCGGAUCGGAGCGCCUGCCGAAAGUGGCUCUUUGUUCCGAACACAUCCUCUUCUAGCAUCGCCGUAGAUGUAUCUUGUGAGACAGUGGAUCUCUAUACAGCAUUAGGUCGCCAGAUGAGAGGCUUCUGGGAAGAGUCACGCCCUCCCGCAUCCGAUCAGGCGCAACGCAACGAGGUCAUCGCCGACGUGCAGUGCGCCAUCAAUGCCAAGUGGCCUGGUCAAGGUCUCCAAGUCGCGGCGUUUGGCUCCAGCGUGACGGGCCUCAUCACCGAGUCCUCGGAUCUCGACCUUGUCUUGCUCGAUCCUACGCGUCCAUAUGGCGUUGGAACACCACCAGAGCUGCGUCGAGUUUCCAAACAAAUUGUUCGUCAUACGGACGGCAUGCCAGAGUGGUACAGCACCAGCCAGAUCGCCAAAGCCGUCCGUAACUCGGCCAAGUUCCGCAACAUCGUCCCCAUCAGUGGUGCCCAUGUACCCAUCGUCAAGAUGGUCCAUCGCAAGUUCAACAUACCCGCGGAUAUCAACAUCAACGAGCGAUUUGGCCUCUUCAACUCGCAGCUCAUCCAAGCCUACGCCGAUCUGCAGCCUUUGAUCGUGCGUCCGCUCAUCUUUUUCCUCAAGCACUGGUACUCGCGUAGUGAUCUCAACGAUCCAUCGGGCAAGGGCGGAUUCAUGACAUUCAGCAGCUACACGAUCGCUCUGAUGGCGUUACAGGUACUCCAAAUUGAAGGCGUGCUGCCAAAUUUGCAGAGCCCAGUUCUCCUGACUACCCUCAACAUCCGACCCAGUUUUCUCUAUUCACGCGUCAGACGACUGGGACGCGGCAAGAAUACACGACAACGUGUCGUCGAAGAGCCGUCGCCACCGAAAAAGUACGACGUCACGUUCGCGACAAACCAUCCUGAUCUGAGCCUGCAGAAAAGGCAAAUACCCGGACUUGCUGCUGUUGGCCCUGAAUUAAAGACCGUGUCCAAGAUGGAUCGCUUGCUAGGCAGGAUGCUAGUAUCUUUCAUCCGAUUCUAUAUGCAGUUUGACCGACGCACACAAGUUGUGUCUGUGGUCAACGGAUCUCCACUGCAACGAAAGAAGGCUCCACUUGCAAGACAAGUCAUCCUCGUUGACUCAACCAGCGAGGAUGGCGGUGCCGAACGCGACAGAAUCGGUUCCGAUAGGUCUCGAGAUUCUUUUGGUGCUGCUUCCCGAGACCACGACGCCCGUGUUGGCCUUCGCGAGGAGCAGAUAGAUAUUUGGGCGGAUGAAGAGUUGGUAGUGCAAGAUCCUUUCAUCAUUGACCGCAACACGUCGCGAAACAUCAAGGCUGCCGCGAUCGAAAGGUGGCAAAACACGAUGCAGAGCGCUGCUGAUUACCUUGGCCUACACAAGGAACACGAUGCGAGUGACGCUCCAAGGCAACGACUGAAGGACGCACCGCUCAUCCUCGACCUCUGCAAUCACGGCAGUGCACGUCUCGAUGCGAAUGCUACAUCGGGGCCCGGUGAAAGAGGCACUGACAUCGGAGCGGUGGAGCUGUGGCGACUGCAGGAGAAAGCAGAAGCGCAGGCGCGCGAAUCCGCCAAACAAGCUGCGAAAGACCGGUACAAGGAGAAGAGGAAGCAAGCAAAAGCUCGUAGAUCUGAGGUCAAAGAAGCGCAUAGGCUACGGGAGGAUAUGGCCAGACGGGCAGACAAGAUCGAAGCUUUAGGUUCACAUGAGUCGAUGGGAUCGAGGAACCAGCAGCCCUCUCAUAACUGGCGCUCAUAUCCAAACAACGGGAGCGGCAGUAGCAUCGGCGGUAGUCACAGUGCCGCCUUCGGUGCCGGAAUGAAGAACGAUCCGAGCUUUGUCGACAUGUGGAAUUCACCAGCGUCGUCGACAGCGCCAGCACCACCCAGAGCUGGACCCAUGCAUGCCGAUACAACGAAGCAGGCUUAUACUGGAAGAGCGGAUCACGGUCCCACUUAUUCUGCCAAGACAGAAGCCUCUUCAGAGACAGAUGCCUCUUCCGAGUCAGAAGACAUUGAUCUCGUUGCUUUGCGCCUGGCACGAGGCGCUCACGGUGCUGACUCGUAG